CAAGCCCUGACUGCAACUGAAGACCUGAAACUGGUGAAAUUUCUGGAGAUGUGCCUGGAGUUCAUACUGCUGUAUGUGAGGAGUUUGUACAUUCUCCCUGCGCCUGCAUGCGUCUCCUCCCUCAUUCCAAAGACAUACGGUGAAUAUUUGCCUAAUUUGGUUCAACUAAAGCUGAAUGGAAGUUUUAUUACAUCAGUGCGGGACCUCGGAACAUCAUUAACCAACCUGCAGGUGCUCUGGAUGGCUCGCUCCGGACUAACAGACUUGGAUGGAAUUCCUGCUUUCUCUUCUCUAAAGGAACUGUAUGUGGCGUACAACAACAUCUCAGACGUUAGCCCGGUCAGCAUGCUAGAGCACCUGGAAGUGCUCGACCUGGAAGGGAACAAUAUCGAAGAUAUUGUGCAGAUCCACUACAUAGCUCUGUGCCACAGGCUGAAUACCCUCACGCUGGAAGGAAACCCUUUGUGCUUUCAACAAAACCCAGGGGCCGCAGAGGAUUCAAAUGCUAACUACAGGAAGGUGGUCAGAAAGCUAAUUCCACACUUGAAGUAUUUGGAUGAUAUUCCUGUGAGUGAGAGUUGUACUCAGUCUGACCAUACCGUCAGUGAGGACUGGCUGAUUGUGAAGGAAGCAAUUAAGGAUGGAAUCUCUGCCGAGGACCUUGGAAAUCUAGAUGCUGUUGUUGGCCCAGGAAGAUCAGCUUCUCGGCAGCAUCAAGCCUGUUCAUCUACGAGGCGGUCAAGCUGCCAGAGACCCUACAGUGCUGGGAGGGUCGCCACACUCUUACCCAUUGGCACCUACAGGACAGGAGCUGUUGACAACUGGCUUCAAGAUGGUGCCAGUGACCUAACACACGGUACGGGAAGCAUCUUCUGUGGAAAUCCUGUCACAGCUCUCCGUGCAAGAAAGAAGAAACAAGCUUCAUCUUGUACUGGGACAAGCAAUUGGUUCAGUCAUUUUACCCACUCGCCAGAACACACAUAUGAUUCUCUGGAAGUCGACAGCAGGACACGAGAAGAUAUUUUUGCGGAGCUAAGGGCCUGGAGGGCAGAACACAACAGGCGCCUCGAAGCUAUUAUUAAGGAACAAGAACCGCAGGUGUUGAAAAUUCAUCACAAUGAUGACGACGCUGUAGAAGACAGUAUCAAUGAGGAGGAGAUGAUGACCAUCAGCUCCAACGAAUGGAGUGACCCAGUUUCACCAGAACCUGUGUACCCAUUGACUCUCCAUCCUUCACCCCCAACAGAUAUGCCUUCUGACAUGGAAGCUUCACUGGUUACAGCCUUCAAUCAGGCACUGUCUCCCACUCCUCCAUCAGCUCAGGAAGCAGCAAACCAACACAGUGUCCUUGACUUCAGGGUUGGACGCUUGAGGAGAGUUCUCCCUAAAGGAAACGAGCUCACGCAGGAAGAGGACGGAAGUUCUGCUCCGCUUGCUGAAGGCAGUGCAGCCUCGAAUUUACCCGGAGUUAAAGUGAGAGAUAUGCCUGCUGGGCUGAUGGUGAACUCUGGCAUGAAGAGCCUCAGACCAGUGUCCGGGCUGGCCACAGUCGGAUCACGAACCAUGAGAACGCAGGUUGACAAGAGAUCCCAUCUGGUUAUUGCUAAUCAUCAGCCAAUAAUACGAUCGUCCACAAAGACACCAGAGCGCACCCUUGCCCCAAAUGCUGUCCGACCACUGACUGCAAAGGCUGCCUUACAGAGGCUGCCAAAUAGAGCCUUUCUUCUGCCCAGCAAAGGGAGCAACAUCAAACACUGA